AAGGUUGAUUGAAUGCCGAUCCUGAAUGUAGAUAUAUUAAGCCAUUAUUUUGUAGAAGUGUUAAAUAAACGGAAAAAUGCAUACCGUGUCUCACAACGUCAAGAUGAGGCGUACGCUAUCAGGCUCGUGUGCAAUUGGUGUUUUUGUGAUUGCGCUUGUCUGUGUUGCUGUGGCAUUUUGUGCACCAAGUUGGCUUGUUAGCGAUUAUAGAAUAACAGGUGCGAAGUUGAACCAAUUGGGGCUGUGGUCUCACUGUUUUCGGUCCUUACCGCAACCAGAUGAUGAGUUCAUGAGAAGAUUUUUUGUUGGAUGCAGAUGGAUAUACGACCCAUUCACAACUGGUUAUGAUGAGAUACAAGGAUUCCUCGUACCAGGUUUCAUGAUCGCAACACAGUUUUUCUUUACACUCUGUUUCCUAUGUAUUUUGGCUGCUUUCUUUUUGGUGUUACUUUAUUUCCUGUGUUGGGGACCAGAGCAGACACGUUAUAUUUUAUUAAUAAUUGCCAUAGGAGCACUGUUAAUGGCAGCAGGUAUAAAUGGUGGAAUAGCUGUAAUUGUGUUUGCUUCCCUUGGUAAUCGUAAUGAUUGGAUGCCUGGUCAGGAAAAUAAUUUCCUUGGUUGGGCAUUUGGACUGGCAGUUGUAGGUGUUGUAGCAGCUUUUGUCUCAGGAACCUUAUUUCUGGUAGAGGCAAACAUUCAACGCAAGAAGAGAAAACACAUACAGGAAUCUCAAUCAAGAUUUGAAAUGGAGCACGAAUCUAAGGCUUAAAAGUUUGUAAUCACAUUGGGAAAAAUAUCUCAGGCAGUUCCGUCCAUUUUUAAUUAGUUCUAUUUUGGUGAAAUAUAUGAAAGAUUAUAUACUAGUUGUUUUUGUGUAUUCAUAUAAAGUGUUAAGUUAGAUAAGGGACCGCUAACUUUACGUUUCAGAUGAGCCAUCUUAUCAAAGGUAAUUAUGAAUAUGUCCCAACAAGUACAAAGAAUUAUAAUUUUAAAAGUGAUCUGCAUUCUCUGUAUGUUUCAUCAACCCUGAAGAUAAUGAUUCUCAGUAUCCUGACAGUAUUAACUUUAUAAACAAAAUCGCAUUUGUAAUAAAUGGCACUGAAAGUUUGCUGCUGUAUGGAGAAUUUCAUGAAUUAUUUGUAUGAUAAUAGGUUCUCCAUGUAUCAGGUGUACAUAAAUUUAAACUUUUGUGGUUUAUUGCUUGGUUUGAAAUUUAAUCGGUCUCUGACGCACAUUAGUGAAUUUAUCUCAAAUUAUUUCUCGUCUACAAGGUGAUAUAAGAAAUAGAAUUUUGUGUAAGGAUGAUCCUUUCAUAACGUCAAACACCUAAUGUAAUAAUAAUUUUGAAGCCUACUUAACCGACUGGACUUAAUAAAUUUUUUUAUGUAGAGGCCCAUCAGCUUGUGAAAUGGGAAUGUAAUUUGUGGCACUAUGGACAAUUUUAAUUUUAGUAUGUUGAACUGAACAGCAGAUAUCAAAAUUUCUCACAUUGCAAACAUUAAAGGUUUUCCCCACAUGCCCAGUCUUGAUAUGCUCUUCAAAAUGUCAUGACUGUAUAUUCUUUUGUUUGAAAAUAAUGAGUAAGAAUUCUCAUGACUAUAUAUAUAUAUAUAUAUAUAUAUAUAUAUAUAUAUAUAUAUAUAUAUAUAUAUAUAUAUAUAUGAAAAACAUAUAGGCAUAUAUUGCUCAGUUAAUUUUAUUCACUGGAAUGUAGACAAUGAAUUAUUUUUGUGUAAUUUAACAUUGUACAGUAUUUAACCCUAUUAAACCUUUGUAUUUUUACACUUUUUAAAUGUUGUAUUGUGAAUGACUGACUGAGUGUUUGGAAACGAUGAUAAGCUGUAGGGAAAUUAUAGGUGCCUGAUAAGCCGUCCACUGUAGAGAACUACGCCAACUUGUGAUAUAGUUUUGCAAUCAGUAUUUAAUUUUUUUAAAUAUUUACUGUGCACAUUGACAAGUAAGGUGCGGAGCAUUCUAAAAAACUGAAUUAGUGUGGAUGUAAGUGAGAGGAAAUAAGCUUAAUUAUUACAAACAACAAGAGAAAAAUUUGUAAAAGUGCAAACAGCUAUUGUGUCUCUUCUUCUACAGUUCUUUUGAGAUUGUAACUCAUAUAUGACUAUUGCAUGCACAAAUGAGUGAGUUGUGUAACUGAUGUUCUCACAAAAGUUAGCUCUGCUUUUGUAUUCAUUAAACAUAUAUCAGUGAAAUUUGUAACCACAGCUACAUGUAUAAAAAAAAAAUUUACUUUUAGCAGAGGACAUACUACAAAAUGAAUCGGAUUUUGUGUACCUUGUUUAUGAUCUAGCAGCUGAUCAAAGCAAUUUCUGUGUGAUGUUUCAAUAGUUGCCACAGGCAGAAUAAUGACCCAUAUAAUGAGAACUAAAUAUAACAAUGUUAUGAAAAGGAUAGUUGCUACUCACCAUAUGGUGGAGAUGCUGAAUCACAUAUAGGUAAAACAAAAAGACUGUCACAAACUAAACGCCCCCCGCCCCCCAGUGCCACACACACAGUGUGUGCAUGCAAAGACCACAAGUGUGUGUGUGUGUGUGGGGGGGGGGGGGGGUGUCUAUUUUUGACAAAGGCCUUGUUGGCCAAAACCUUAUUUUGUGACAGUCUUCUUGUUGUGCCUAUCUGCGACUCAGUAUAUCCGCUGUAUGGUGAUUACAACUAUCAUUUUCAUAAUGUUGUUACAUUCCGUCCUGGAUUUUCCAUUAUUUGAAGAACUUAAUUCUAGAAGAAUUUAUUACAAAACUUUAACAAAGAAAGGAAUGUUGUAAUAAAAGAGUGUUCUAGACUUUCACCUAAUGUGAUUAAUGGAGAAAAAGUACUUUCGGCAUGUUUGCAGUGGACCCAAAAUUAAAUUAAAUUAUAUUUAAGAUUCCCUGUGUCUUUUGUCUUGGCACCCCAUUGACUGCUUUAACUUUCUAGGAAAUAAACUGCCGAUUCUCUAGACAGUGGAUCUGUGUCAAUUUGUGUGUGCUUAAUCAACAACCUGUGUGUUGUAACCAAGAGGGAAUUUUCUAUUCUUUGAACUGGAAGAACUAAUUUAUUGUCAUGGUGCAUAUCAUCCCUUCCAUAGUGGCUAUUAUACCAUUUUCAAUUAGUCCAUUUUAAAAGGUUGUGUAUAAUCUUAUAAGUAUCAUAUCCUUAAAGACUAUUUUCAUUCCCAACAUGAUGGCAACAAUGCUAAUGUGUUGUUCUGAUACAACCAUUGGCUGUGAAAUGGGGAGAAGGCUUUUGCAUAGAAACUAUACAGUCAGAUAUUGUAUUCCUUACUACCUGAAGAAAUUUUUGUAUGCAAGGAAAAAAAUAAAUCAUGUCACUCCAGUAGUUCUUGACACACACAAAGUGGCAGUAUACAUCAUAAAUCCCGGUAGCUUUAGCUGUAGACCUAGCACUGAGAUACUGUUAACCUUGCAUUUAUUAGCAUCACACUAGUAUGACGUGAACUCACAACACUUGGUAUUAAAGGAUUAAGAGACCAUCUUGAGAUAUAACUUUCAACAAUUUAAGAUACUAAUUCCUUACAAUUUUAAUGAGAGCGCCCACUGUGAAUCUUUUCACAACUUCACAUUGCACUUCAUGAUUGGUUGUUUAUUUGGGGGAAGGGGACCAAACAGUGAGGUAAUCGGUCCUGUCACUUCAUGCUUCACAUGUUUAGAAUGUAUGACAUGUUAGUAAGUGCCUCAAGUACUGAACAGUUAUGAAUUUACUGCUGCAGGUAAUCGGUGAGGUAACAAGGUUGAACCAUUACGACUAUUCCAUGUGAUCGGUCUUUGUAUAAUGUAUAUUUUAUAAUUCCAAGAUGUAUCACCAAUUACACCAUCAUGGGUUUUUCGAUGUCAUUUUUGUGUACCUGAGGUGACCUGACUGCACCUCAUUUGUGCCUGUUGUAGACACUUUUCAUUGUAAGCUGCUUGCAAGUGUGGUGGACAGUUCCAAUUAUUUUUAAAAAUCCAUUCUUAUGAGCAUUAUAGUAUAGACCAAAUAUGCAUGGUAUUUUUCACUUCUACUUCAGUUACAAACUGUCAAGAUCAAGAUCUUAAUGCAACACGUAUGCUGAUCUUUGUGCUCAACAAAUGCACACUUGUAGCCAUUUUUGUAGAGAAAUAUUUCCCAGUAUUUUAAUUUGUAAGUAUGCUUUCGCUACCGAGUUUAAGUAAUCAUGUCAAUUUUAUAAACUGUAUUUUGUAUGUAAUAAAUGUGUUCAUAUACAACCUUUUUCGGGACUAUGUAAUAUUUUCUGCACAACAUUUAAUCUUUACAUCUGUAAAAGGAGAUGAGUCCAUUAGUUCAUUUUAUUGUUACAGAAACUAUUUUUCAAUUUGAUGAUCAUCAUCCCUAUUCCUCACAUAGAAAUAAUAAUAAAAAAUAGUCCUAGGCAAUGUGAUUUCCUGUUUCAACUCUUUUACACCUUUUUCUGAACGACAGACAGAUGUUUGGAGAAAUGAAACAGUUAUUGGGAAGUGUGACCUAGGUACUAAUAAUAUUUAUUUACAGUAUUAGUAACAUGAUGCCAAUAAGUGUUUAAGUAGCUCAGUAGUUGUGUUUGCUUAAACAAUGAAAAAUAUAUUUGCAGAUUACACCUUAAGUAAAACACCAUGUCCUCUUGAAUAUUCCAAACAUGUUUUGUUAUUGUUGCACCAUUCUUACUGGGUUUAUUAAUUUUAUUGCAAGAAAGUUACAAAACAUGUAUCUGCAAAUAAUAAGGGUUUCUUCUUUAGCACACAUUCAGUGAAAUGAAAAAGCUUUGGCCUAUAAUGAACAUUUGUUCUCAGUUUCUGCAUUUCACAAAAAAUAGCCCAAUUUAAAAAUACACCAAAUAUUUUUCCAGAUGACAAACUGUAUUAAAAGAUCAUGUGUAAUAAAGGAGGCAAAAAACA